UAUCUUAUCUCAGCUCUCUUAUUUAGCAUUGAGUCUUCAUGACAGCAGCAGCUUAGAGGCAAUGUCCACUUGCCAGCACAACUGGCUGGAGUUAUUUUUAAGCUAUUAUGGGCAUUUUCUCUUGAUACACUCUUGUUAAAUCAACAAGAAUGGCUGUUUCACAGGCUUAUAAAAUCCUGUGGGGUACAAGCAUCUUUUUUAUGAUUUUACCUCACUUAAAUCUGGGAUUGUUGUCUGACUACAAGAUCUGUGGAGAUUCUGCAUGUGAAAGCUUCAUGAGCAGAGUGCAGGCCAUCAGGGACCACCAUGGUAAGGACUGCCGUUUCCUGAGCUUUAGACGAGGAGACACAUUCUUUGUUUACCACAAACUCACUGGAAAGAGGGAAGACCUGUGGGCAGGCAGCAUUGACAAACAGUUUGGUUAUUUUCCAAAGGAUGCAGUGCAAGAGGAGCAGGUUUAUGCUACUGUGGAGAAAGUAGUGGAGACACAGAAAUCUGAUUUUUUCUGUAUGGAUGAGUUUGGUUACCCCAUUGACUCCAGUCAUCUGGAUAGUGAUGAUGAUGGUGAUGAUGAUGAUCAGAAAAUCCAAAACCAGGAGUCAGAAACCACCCAAACCACGCUAUACACCGAUGACACAAAUGCUGAAAGUCUACAAACAUCUGAAGAUCCUUCUACAGAAUCUCCAGUUUCAACACAGGCAACUGAGGCCACACUGACAGAAGAGGACGAAAACAAAAAUACUGGUGACGCUGCUGCCAGGACUCACGAGGAAGCUCAGGAGACUCCUGCAGCUCCGAACGAACAAGGUGGGUCUGCUCCCUCUUCCUGGCUGGGUUCUUCAGUGACAGGAUGGUUAGGUCUUGCUAAAGAGGAAGAAGCUGAAAAUUUGGCUGACGGAGAGAAAGAAGAUGAGGGAAAGGAGACGCAGGCCGAAGCUUCUGUCGCUUCUUCAGUGACAGGGUGGCUGGGGUUGGGAGGAGAUGGAAAACCUGAUGAUGCUAUAGAAAGUAGAGAAGAAGAUGGAGAAAGUGAUGAUUCUAUUACUUCAACCAUGACUGGGUGGCUUGGCUUUGGAGGAGAGAAAAAAACGGAUGAUUCAGUAGAAAAACAGCAAGGUGAAGAACGAGACAAUGAGGAAGAACCAGCAGAGAAAUUCAGGAGCAGGAGGAUGUCUCUAGAUUUAGAAGGCAGCCAAUUACAUGAAGAGGAGAAGAAAGAGAUGGGGACAUUGGGUUGGCUAGGAAAUGGACUGUCAAGUACGCUGGGGUUUGGCAUUACUGAUCAGGAGUCAGGACGUGAGACAACAGCUGAAAUAGAGGCCAAGGAAGAUGAACAGCCAGAGCCUGCUUCUUGGUUGGAUAUGGGGAUUGGGGACAUGUUAGGCUUUGGGAAUGACAAGAGUGAAGUUGACGAGAGCACAGGAAGUGGUUUAAAGGAGACAGAAGAGGACAUAAUCUUAGAACAACCAACAAGCUCAGAGAAUAUGGAUACCAGUCAAUCACAACCUGCACUGACAGAGGAGAUAACUACAAAUGAACUGGAGGUGGAAGAAACUCAGAAUGACCAAGAUGCCCCAUCAGAGAUUAGAGUCAGCGCUGACAGUGAUAAUAAUGAUAUAAGUACUUCAGACAGUAGCAAGGAUAGUGUCUUCCCUGAAGAUGCAGCAUCCAAGAUUGAUCAAAAAGAUAUUACGCCUCAGACUGCGUUAGAGAGAAGGCCCAAGGCUGUAGGUGAAAUGUCUUUGAAGCUCAACAACAGUGAGGAAGAAGAGGAAGAUAAUGCUUCAGAUAUUUACAUGGAAGAGAAAAAUGUCCUAGACUUGGAAAGAUCAGAAGAAAUGGAAGGUAAAGAUCAUGAGAUGCCCAAAUCAAUAGAGAAUGAGAGCGAGGAUGAGAACAGAGAGCGAGGGGAACAAGACAUUAAAACUGCAAGUGACACUGAUCAGGGUGUUUUUACACAAUCUGACAUAAAUUUAGGGCCUGAUGUGAGUUCUGUGGAUUUAACUUCAAACUCCAUGGGAGGAUCUGUAGGCGAGGUUGAGGACAAAGCAGAUGACAUUGUUGAGGAAGUAAAGGAAAUCCCAAAUCAGAUCAAUCAGAACACAGAGGAAUCCACAGAUGCGUCUAUAAAAAUUAGUGCAAGUAGUCAUGAAGGUGAAAGGAAUGAUGCAGAAACAGGUGUUCUUCACAGAGAAAUUUCCACGACUCAGAAUGAUGACUCAGCAGAACAAAGUCAAGUCAGCAGAGGUGGAGAGAGUCAGCCUUUCUUAUCAUCAGACGCAACUGUGGAGAGAAAUGAACCAGUCUAUAGUGAAGAUGACAGUUUACCUGCUCACAGUGUGGAAACCAAUGUUGAACACUCAGAAUCACUUGCUAUGAUUGAUAGUAAUACAGAUACAGAAACACAGCAGGGUGAGUUAGGACUGGAGGGGGAGCUGCACCCUGUUGAGGACAGCUCUCGGGAGUUUGACUCAUCCAAUUAUACUGAUGGAGGUACUGAAAUGAUGAAUGAAAAUGCCUCAGAGGAGGACAGAAGAAUGUUUUCCACUAGUGAGAGCACAACACAGAUGGAAAACAAUGCAGAUAAGGACUCAUAUCUACAUGUGCAACAAGGGGCCACACAAAGUGCUGGUGAUGAACAUGAGCUAAAGGAAACUGUUAAAGACACUGAGAAAGACAGUGAGGACAAAAUCCAGACAGUUCAAACUGAGAAAGAGACAAUAGAGACUGAGAGUGAUGAAGAAGAGGAGUCAAAGCAAGGGGAAAAGCAGGGGGAGAGGGAAGAGAUAGAGGAAGAGGAGAAACUGGAGGAGUUAAAGGAGGUAGAGGAGAUAAAUGCACAGGAAAAACAGCAGGAAGUGGAGGAGGAAAAGCAGGGUGAGGUCGAAGAGCUAAAGGAAGAGGGGAAACAGGAGGAGGUGGAGGAAAAGGAACAGGAGAGGGUAGAGGAAUUGGAGAAGGAAGUGGUGCAUGAGCUGAGGGAAAAGGAGAAACAGGAGGAAGUGGACGAGAUAAAAGAAGAGGACAACCAGGAGGAGGUGAGGGAGUUAAAGGAAGAGGAAACUCAGGGGAAGGGAGAGGAGUUGAAUGAGAAGGAGAAAAAUGAGGAGAUGGAGGAAAUAGCGGCGGAGAAGAUGCAGGAGGAGAUGGAAGAGCUAAAGGAGGAGGAGAAUCAUGAGGCACUAGAGGAGUUCGAAGAAAAUAAGGAACAGGAGGAAGUGGAGCAGAUUAAAAAGGACAACAAGGAGCAUGUGGGGGAGUUAAAGGAAGAGGAGAAGAAGCAGGAGGAAGUGGAGGAGUUAACAGAGGAGGAAAGGCAGCAGACAGAAGAGUUAAAAGAAGAGGAGAGCAGGGAGGAGUUAAAGGGAGAGCAAGUACAGUCUCAUUUAGAGGUGGAGAUAGAAAACACCCUCCACUCUUUCCCUCACACUCAGAAAGACAUUGACAGUCCAGAAUCAGACAGCAACGAGAAGGAGACACAAGACGAGGACAGCUCAAAAUCUGUGUUCUCCGAAACGUCCACAGAAACUGAAAAGAGACAGACUGAAAACCCACAGAUGGAAGAACAGGAGAGAGGGGGAGAAACACAGACACAGGAGAGGGUGGAAGAGGUGAAGGAUAAAAUGGCACAGGAGGAGGUUGAGGAGAAGCAGGAGAUGGAGAAUGUGGAGGAUGAGAGGAAGGGCAAAGAGGAAGAGAGGGGCCUUAAAUGCUCAGAUGAGCUUUGUCUACAAUCGAGUGAAGACGGAUUUGCGAGGGACAGAGAUGGAUAUGAUUCUGCAGAUAGGUUGAGCUCAGGAGAUGAAGCAGCAAUGGAAGCAGAAAAACAAAAUCCAAUGGCUGACAAUGAUCAAAUAUUAGCAGGCAGGACAGGAGUGAGUCAAACGGUACCAGCUGAAAGCAUGGAGGGAGAUGAGGCCGGAAUACGGGAGGAGGAGGAAAAGAGAGAUGAUGACGGGAAGGAAAAUGAUCUUCUUUAUUCAGGUGAGAGUGGCCAAAACAGCCUUCCUGAUCAACUGUCAUUCGGCCAGACAGCUGAGAGCAAAAAAGAUGAUCAACUGGAUUCUGGCGAGGCAGACAACACUGACCUUUCUGAUGCCAAUAGGCUCCAUCAGGGGGAUACAACUGAGCCUGAGGACACUGGAACCAGCAGCAAUGGGAUUUACACUGAGAGAAAAACAGAGCCAAUUCACUCUGGUCAUGAGACAGACUCAGAGGAGGACACUGUCAGGGAAGAGACAGAGAUAAACAUGAGGCAUGCCGAUAUGCAGAUGAUGAGCCAGCAUCAUAAUACAAUUGAUUCUGAAUUCAGGACAGAGGGAGGAAUAGAUGUAACAGUUUCGUCCAGUGACCCUGUGAUAUCUGAGCAAACUGUUCUUUCUGAUGGUCACAAUAAAGAGACAGCAGAGACUGGAGGUGGAGGCGCAUUCGGCCUUUUCAAAAACGCUGUCAGUUAUUUCAGCCAAACACCUGUCGCUGAAACUGAGGGAUCCACAGAACCUGCCCCAAGUUUGGAUUCUAACACAGGUGAGGCAUCCAAUGCACAGGCCUCUCUGACUCCUCAACAAGAACUGGAUUCAACCACGGAUCCAAGUCAGGAUUAUAUACAAGAGUCACACACAGAAUCUCCCAUCACAGUGUCACAACAGCAGCUGCAGCCUUCUCCUCCCUCUACAGACACCCAGACAUCCUCUCCAUCCCAAACCCAGACCCAUUCUCAUCCCACAGAAAGCCCCCUCCAAACAAAACCCCCGACCAAACUUUACAAGAGCCUCCUCACCUACAUGAGCGCGGAUGAAACGACAAUUUUGAAAGAACUCUUUGGGCGACACAAGCUGCAGUUCUUGGAUUACAUUUUAGGAAGCUCAGAAACCACGAUGGAUGACCCCGAUAAUGAUGAAUCGAUAUUGCUGGAUAUAGAGAGACUUCUGCAUUAUCACAGGGAGACACUGGUCACUCCUAGCAUGAAGCUUGCAGAUGCUCCGCAGGAGGAUAAAGAAAAGACCAGAGCGCUCAUCGCACUUCAGAAGCUAGAAAUGCUGUUGGCAAACGUGAGAGAGACUUUAAGCACAGCUGAGGCCAGCUGUGUUGGUGGAUCCUGCUCAACCCACAGCAACGAUAAGGAAAUGGCCACUGAGGAAGACAACAAUGCUCAGAGAGAUGAAUGGAUGGGGCUGGACAAACUUAGUGGAGGCACAGGAAAUGAGAAAAGAGGAGAAACAGGGAAAAGUGAAAAAGAGACAGUGUCCUCUGAGUCCCAUCCUCACAUUCAGCCAGGACCACCGGAGUCACUGGAAGGGGUAAUGAAGCAAAUUAAGGACUUUGUUCUUCUGAUCACUGAAGACACAAACACUCAUGUUCAUGCAGUGAGGGAGCUCUUCAUAUGGCUUACUGUACAGGUUGUAUCAUCACUGCCUGAUGACAUCAGACCGGGGCCAGACCUGUACGGGGUGCCAUGGGAACCAGUCAUUAUCUCCAGUGUGGUGGGGAUGGUGACAAUACUGUUGUUCACCUGUAGAUGUUAUAGUUCUGUAAAAAGCAGAAUGUAUCGAAGUAAAGAGCGGUGGAUGGCUGGGCAGGUUGCACAACUGCUGGAUGAGAAAUGUAAAGUCCUUGAGACUCUCAGCAAAUGUCAGCAAGAGUAUGAUGACCUGGAGAGCUCCCUGAGGGACAGCGGCAUUUUGGCCCAAACUCAAAAGACAGAACAUCUGGAGGUCAAAGCCAGACAGUUGGGACAUGCUAAAAAGGAGCUGGAGAGGGAUCUUAAACAACUGAAGGAUCAACUGGAACAACAAAGAGAGCACAGGAUGGAGCAAGAAAAGAGAAUAACAGUGCUUGAAGAGAGCAUGAAAACGUUUGAAGAAGAAAUCAAAGACCUCCAGUCACAAGAAGAGCAGGCACAAACCACUCUGAAAGUGUACAAUAUGAACAGUGACAGACUGCAGAGGAAUCUGGAAACAGCUGGAGAGGAGAACACACUGCUGCAGGAAAGCAACGCUCAGUUGAGGCAACAGGUGGAGGGAUGGGCAGAAAGAGUGAGUGAGUUGGAAGCGGAGAUGAGGAGGUGUGAGGCUGCCCACAGUGGGAUGCUGCAGGAUGUGGCCAACAAGGAUGAGCGCAUAAUGUCCUUGACAGAUCGGCUGCUGAGGAUGAAAGGUUGGGAUUCAGACUUGGAGGAAGAGGAAGGUGCGGAAGGAGGAGAGAAGGAGACGUCCAAUGGCACAGCAGGGAGAGGAGGAGAGAAUGGACGAGAAGAUAUUGUGGACACACAAGGCCAUCUCCAGAAAGUCCAGAAACUUAUCUAUGCUGCUAAGCUAAAUGCAGACCUCAAAUCAGUAGAUGAAGACAAGGACAGAAUAUUUGCAAAACUCAACGAUGAAGUCAAAGCUAAAGAAGACCUGCAAGUGAGCAUUAAGGAGAUGAAUAAUGAGAAAUUAUCUCUGCAGUCAGACACUGAGCAGUACGCCGAUCAGGCCCAAAGAUUACAGCAGAAACUCCAGAUUAUGACAGAAAUGUACCAGGAGAACGAGCUCAAGCUGCACAGGCUGCUCACGGUGGAGGAGAAGGAGCGCAUGCAGAAAGAGGAGAAGUUAAAUAAGGCAGACAAAAACAUUGCAUUGGCCAUGGAAGAACUCAGCAAUUAUAGACAACGAGCAGAAGAGAUGGAGGAAGAGCUGGAGAAAAGCAAACAGUCUUACCAGACUCAAAUAUCGGCACAUGAGAAGAAGGCUCACAAUAACUGGCUGGCAGCCCGAGCAGCUGACAGAGACCUAUCAGACAUCAGGAGAGAGAACGCUCUGCUCAGACAGAAGCUAACAGACACACAGUUUAAACUUGAUGCCCUCGACAAAGAUCCCUACGCCCUGAACAGCCUGGCUAGACCACUUCCUUUCAGAGCUGAGAGGUCACCAUACGGUCCGUCUCCUCUGGGUCGACCUGCAUCUGAAACCAGAGCUUUUCUGUCUCCUCCUACAUUAAUGGAUGGACCACCUGCUAGACUGUCACCUAGAGUGUCUCGCUGUGCAGUGGAGCCCCCAGGUGGCCAAGGAGAGAUGGAGCGGAGUGGAGGUCCUCAUUCAGACAGUGGCUCAAUCUCUCCUACAUGGGAGAGAGAUCGCAGGGGGCCCCCACCAGGACCCCCUGGACCACCAGGGCCCUUAGGACCUCCAGGCUACAUGUUCCCAGAACCAGGAGGUCCGAUGUACAGGAGACCUCCACCUCCUCCAGGAGCUCUGGGCCUUUUGCCUCCUCCUGGCUCUCUCCCACCCGGCCCUCUCCAUCCUCGGGGUCUCCCCCCAGGACCCCCUCACCCUGUAGACUUGGCAGAUGGCUCAUACAGAGAAAACAGCCAUGGGCCUGGUGAACUUGAGCACAGAGAGUCUGGUCCUGGUGAACGAAGGACUCCCCCUGAAGCUGAUCUAAGGAUGGGCGGCCCACCCCCUCCUGGACCCCCGAUGGGUCCCAUGGAUGGUCCCUUUCCUCGCAGAGCCCCCUUUGGACCACCACCUCCCGAUUUCUACCCUCCCAGGGGGCCUGGGGGCCCUCCUAUGAUGCCUAUGUGGGCCCCUCCACCGAUGAUGUUCCCGCCUCGUUUCCCUCCCGGUGGACCUCCUCUUCCUCCUGCUCCUCAUCCUCACUACGGCCCCCCAGUGCGGCCCCCUCUGCCCGACGGCCACCCACAUCCUUCCAUGGGUCCCCUCCCUCCUCAGCAGUCCGUCCCCUCCCCACCACACAGCCAGUCGCCAGAGGAGCACACACCCUCGCCUGAAGACGCCAUUUGAGCCUGACCGGGUUUUCCACUCGAGCUGUGAGAUGACGCGUUUCUGGUUCAAAUUUAACUCAGCAGUAGACGGAUGUUUGGGCGGGUUGCUGUUUCCAUCAUUCUGUUAUCUUUAACACCUACAUAUUAACCAGGAGGAUUUAUUUAAUGAAGAGUGUUUGCACAAGGGAAAGCCUUCAGCCUUCACAAGCCCACUUUGUUGCUGUUUGUCUGCUUCUGCUCGGUCUUUCUGCUCUAUUCACAUCCUCUCUCCUCUCUCUCUCCUGCCCUGUCACUUGCCUUGUUUCUCUCUGUUGCUUUGCCCUAUCAUCAUCCAGCGACAUUCCCUGCGAAGUACUUCCUGUUGUUGUGGACUCACGGUGACAACGGUUAUGUUCUGUUGUGUAAUUUCACAGGCAGCUUAAUCUGUACGUCUGUGUGUGGGAAUGUUGCCAUGUGAACCAGAAACAGUUGCUUGUUUGCUUGACAAUGCCAGAAUGGUUUUUAAUGGCACUUAGGUUGAAAUGUGUGCAUGUAGGAAUGCUGUAUGUGUGGUAUGUGGCAGAGAAUAUGUGUGUUUACUUAUGGAAUCAGUCAACAUUUCAUCCCAAUGGCACAAAAAGAGAAAUCUAAAUGAUCUUGGGCUAUCAUGGAAAAAAUGCGUCUUUUUAGGCCAAAUACAAGAUAUUUUAUUACACCAAUGUUCUCGCCAUUUUUACCAUAAUUAAAAAAAAAUAGCCCUUUAGUAUUUUCGUAGUUGUUGACCUGGAUUCGACUAUACUUAAAUCAGAUGACGUCACAUCUUGUCUCCUGAGAUGAUCUUAAACUCUAAAUAUUCCUCAAAUGAGAAAGUUUCUUAAAAUAUAUCAUUAAAGUGCAUAACUGAUGGCUCCCCUGUGGGAUUAGUGGCACUUUGUCUUCAUCAACAAAGCUAUUAUUUAAAACAGCAGCAAGUAAACAGUGUUUCUGAUGAUGUUACAGUGACCUGCAUAUGGCCCAGGCUUGAAAAAGUGGCUUAUAGUAGCUGCUUGUAUUUUGCCGAAGUAAGCUGUGUGAAGUAAACGGACUGACUGGAAGAGAGGCUACGUUCAGAGCCAGGAAGAUGACACCCAUGUGAAUUUUGUAAAAAGUGAUUAUUAACAGAUGAAUAAAGAGUGUCAAAUUGUCAA